AUGGUUAAAGAAUUAAAUCGGUUUGUAGGAGAAUACGGUAUGCAUUUUUCAGUACUACCCGGUGGUCGUGUUGGUGUGUCGUUGGGUAUUUCACCAAGAUACAUUUAUCGUUAUGGGGAUAACGAUGGUGUGGUGCAGGUGGCAUACAUUGUAAAAACAGCUAAUGAUUUCUCUUUUGAAAUGACCAAAGAUUUAAAUAUAUGCUGGGGUUAG